GAAUCUUUUAUUUCUUCUUGAUCAGACGACGUUGAAUACAGCGAGACUUGGACUUGUUUCGAUGGAGAGAGAGGAGCCAAUUGCGAGGAACGAGGUGGAUCACGAAACGCCAACGAAACCAGAUGAAUCCGCCUCUGCAUCAUCUCCCCGUAGGUCUGAGGAAACGCUAAAUCAGAGUACCCAAAUCAACCAAACGGGUCCGAGAUCAGUACUACAUCUUCAAUCACAAGAAUCGCAUCUCAGCAAUUCCACAACCACCCAUGCUUCGUCGCCUUCUGUCAAUGUGACUCCAAAGCCAGACUUGUCUUCAUUUUCUAAUACAACAGCGACGCAAGAACCGUCACCUUCUGCUGGACUUCAAAUUAGGACGAUUGAGAAAGACCGGUCACCGGGCUCUGCCUUCCCAAGACAUAAAAGACUACCAGUUUUCGAUGAGGUUUGCUCGGGUGCGGUGUUUCCAUGGUAUGGACCGCAAGAACCAGACUUGCCUUCUUCAUCUGGAAUAGGAACCAUGUCAGCAAACAGUCACGAUGAUCGUCGCGCCUAUGAAUUAGCUUAUCCUUUACCAAGCAGAGAUAUACAAAGCAAAAAGGAGCUGAGGAAUGCUCACCUCAAAACUCCCACAGCCACUCUCACCAACACUACUACCACAACCAUCCAUGGCUCCAGGACAUGAUCAGGAUCACUCUGCUUUGGAUGAAAAUCUUCAGUAAAGUCGCCAAGGGUCAUUUGUUUCCAUAAAAACUUCAUUUAGGUUUGCUUUGCUUUGCUUUGCUUUGCUUUUUCUGAAUUCCGUGAUUUUUGCUUCUAUAAGAAACCUACAUUUGUUGGUUAACCCAUCGUGAUAUUUGCAAUGCUAUGUAAAAUGAAUUGCAGACCAACAAUAUGAAUCAUGUAUUGGUUAGAAAACCCAUGUGUGUAGAUUAGGUUAUUUCAUAUUGUUUUCAUUGAAAAUAUUCGGUUCCAUAAAAUUUUGAGCUAGUUUAUAUAUAAAGCAGCAAAACCAUGAAAAUAUCCACAAAGUAUACGAUAAUGAUCUAAAUCCAAUCUUUCCCAAUUUCAAAUUCUUUCCAUUCUGCUUUCUUAUUACCUUUUUAAUAAAGUUUCUUGCUAAGCAAGCAACUAUAAAAAAAUAUCUUGAGAAA